UAUUCGUUUUUUGGAGGCUAAAUUUAGUUGAAAGGAUGGCGGCAACGCAACAUGACCUCAGGACUAGGCUGUACAGGUUCUUUAUCUUCGCCAAUACAAGAUUCGUCUAUGGCUUCUGCUGCUUCCUCGACCUGGGAUCCUUCCGAUAUGUUCAGUCCAGUGGAAGGGUAAAAAAAUAUCACACGCCUUGGCAAUGGGUUGUCAUGGCGGUUUUCAUUAAGCUCUUGCUUUUCGCUCUGGAAGCACCUUAUAUCUUUAUGUGUGGAGGCAUGAUGUACUUUUUCUUUUUCAAAGACUCUAGUGAGUUCAAUGACAACACCACCUACCAGUGGAUGCAGAUGUUGGCCGAGGAGGCAAUGGCUUUUGUGUCGACCGCGCGUCUGAUUUACAUUAGCCACAACUCGACGUACUGUGAAUUUUUCACAUUAGCGGUGAACAAAGUCCUGGAAAUGCAUCGCUUGGUCAGGAGGAUCUUUGGCGACGCGCAACUUUACUUGGAUGACUCGCUGCUGGUCGUUUUCUUGCUGAAAGUGUUUCUCACAUUUCACCACAUUGCAGCUCAGUACACACCCACGGAAAAGCACUUCAUUCUGGUCCGAUAUCAUACAUUAAACGUGAUUCUCUUCGAGAUAUUCUAUAGCGCCUACUUUCUGUAUCAGCUGUUGCUACUGGGCUGGCAACGUUCAUUACUGGGCUUUCUGGAUACCCACCUUGCCCUAAAGCAACCUCGAAGGGCACUAAGCUUGAAGUGUCACAAAAGGAUCACUUGUGUCUUUAGUAUCUACGCCAAGAUUGCCAAAAUACAUCUUUUAGUAUCUAGUGCCUGGCUCAAAGUAUCGUCGAUGCUGUUCAUCUGCGUCUACUACACUGCCCAUGAGUCCACCUACACGGUCUACUGCCUGUUUUCCUGGUCACAAUUGUCCAUCAUGAAGAGAGCUGAGGUCUUGCUGCUCAAAAAAAUGGGUUCCUUUCUAUAUCCCCUCGUUGGAAUUCUGUUAAUGGGAAUGGCCAGUGAUCGAAUGAAAUUCCUAGAAGCACAACUCUGCGAGAGGAUUUUUCUCGUGGAACUAGUUCAUGCAAAGGAAGAUACCAAGAUUUCGAAUGAAGUUUCCAGACUUAUAAGUUGCAAGGUCGGAUUUAUAAGAUUUUUCCAAGACAUUUUAAUAAUAUGUUCUGUAAUCCUAGAAUGA